ACAGCAAGAUAUAAAUAGCUGGGUUGAGCGGUCACGCCCACGUGUGGGCGUAGAUGAGAAUUAGCUAUUGGUUCACUUGAACUGCAGUAGUCCUGAUUUGUUUGACCAGAAUAUACCAGUCACGAGUCCGAUAGCACGGCAUCAUGUGUGUUGUGUCUGGGCAUAGCAGUUUCACUGUGGCAAGUGUACAUGUACGUUGUGUGUACAUGUAUUCAAGGAAGCAUUUUUUGGGGCCUUAUGUACUUUUCCAGAUGGCUUUGCAUUUGGAGCUAAUGUACAGUAUGUAAAUCAUUUCUGAAGUAAAGUGAACCGCACUCCAUCAUCUGGAGACUUACAGUGCACAUCAUUUCUUGAGGACCUGCUUGGACCUUACAGCAUACAUGUACACCACCCUGCAAGUGAUCAGUCACCCAGCAGUCAUAGGAUACUUCACUCCAUCAUCGCUCGGUUAUCAUGAACUACCAGCCCACACGAUGCGUAAAACAAGUUGGAAAUGCUGGAUUUGAAACCUGCCGUGAGUAGUGUGGCAUGGAACAUUUCAGCAUUGUGAAAACUAAGGAUAAGUUACAUGUACAUGUACACUCUAUGGAAUGGACUGUUCCAUAGUCUACUGUAUUGUCCAAGGAGCAUGUUGCCCACCCUUCUGUUACACCUGCACAUCUUUUGAGUGAUUGGUCUUGGUUGCCUAGUCACAUUCCAUUCUGCUCGGCCCCUGGCAAGAAUUCGGCUACUAAAAUGUGACAAUCCGGUGUCAAAGUUCUUUCUCGCAUCUGGGCUACCUCCAUCAGCUCAGUGAAAUACAUGCACUUCUCAACUUGCGCAGAUGAAAAAUAUGCAAGCAGUUGUUUUACCGUUUCGUGUGGGGAUAUUUACAUACAUCGGCAUAUAUGCUCUGCCUUGAGUGGCUUUUCCAAGCACUGUGACAUUGAACGCUUCACUGGAUAUGCCAGCAGUUAUUUCCGUCUGUUGUUGAGUGGGUACAUGGAUGGAGCCAAUACCGAAUGAUGCCCUUGAAACUGUCUGUUCCACUUAAGUGACUUGAGUUUCCCAUUUUCUGUGGUUAUUACUCUCGAUCCUGAGUUUUGGAAAGAGUCAAGUACCACCUUUCAAAAGUACAUCAGACGUUACAUGUACCAACAUAUUUUUUGUUUACUCGUAAGAAGUGUCUACAGGUCAUCAGUGGUGGAAACAGGCGAGCCGUUCAUAUCAAACAAAGGCAUGCAGGAUGUUUUGAUGUGGAACCAAGCUUGACUCUUUUAAAGCACUUUAAAUGCUGCAUGCAAGCCCAACGGACCCGUUGACUUGUUCUUCACUUUAUCAAGUCAGAAAGUGGACCUGGGUUGUUCCGCUGCGUUCACCUCUUAAAAACCAGCAGUCGUUCAUGGAAGUAUGGCGGAGUUCUAGUUGGCAUCACUGACUCGAACAGAUUUCAUCAUUGCAGUUGGUAAUCUUGCGGAGCCAGUCUUAUGCAUCAUGACAGACAGGUUGAAGGCCCCGGAGAUUGCCAUAAACGGCCUGAAGCAGAACAUGGCGUCUUCGGAGUACGAUGUAAUCAGGUCCCGUUACCAUCUGAAGGAGACCAUUGGAUCGGGUGGUUUUGCCAAAGUCAAGCUGGCCACGCACAUUGCCUCCGGUGAAAAGGUCGCCGUGAAGAUUAUGGACAAGAGGGCACUAGGGGACGACCUGCCUAGAGUCAAGACGGAGAUCAUGGCGAUGAAGGAGCUUGUCCACCAGCACAUUGCCACUCUCUACGAGGUGGUAGAGACCAAACACAAGAUCUUCAUGGUCAUUGAGUACUGCCCCGGUGGUGAGUUGUUUGAUUACAUCGUCGCCAAAGACAGACUGAAGGAGUCGGAGGCCAGGAAAUUCUUCCGGCAGAUCUUGUCGGCAGUGGCGUACAUACACCACAAAGGCUAUGCACACAGGGACCUGAAGCCGGAAAAUCUUCUCCUGGACGAGGACCAGAACCUCAAGCUGAUCGACUUCGGACUGGCCGCCAGACCUAAGGGUGGCAUGGAUCAGCAUCUGGACACGUGCUGUGGGAGUCCGGCCUACGCAGCACCAGAGCUCGUCUCGGGGAAGCAGUACCGCGGAGCAGAGGCUGAUAUUUGGAGCAUGGGCGUGCUCCUCUACGCCCUCCUGUGCGGCUUCCUCCCCUUUGACGAUGACCAUGUGGCCACCCUCUACAAGAAGAUCUUGAAGGGGGAGUACGAGGAACCCCGGUGGCUGUCGGACAGCAGCUGUGACCUGCUGAAGCAGAUGCUGCAAAUUAACCCCAAGAAAAGAAUCACCAUGGAAGAGUUGCUGAGCCAUCACUGGGUAAAAAAGGGGCACAGCGGGACCGUGCACUGGCACUCGAAAUGCGAGAAGAGUAGCCUGAAUACAGAGUGUAUUGCUGAAAUGGCUGAAUACUACGGCAAGACAAAAGACGACAUGAUGACCAUUGUCACACAGUGGCGCUACGACGAAAUCACGGCCGUUUACUUUUUACUCGUGAACAACUUCGUUAGAGGCUGUAAGCUGAAACUACCUCCAAGAAGUAAACCAUUUGGGGACAAGGGUCACAAUGCAAGUUUAUCGACCAAUGACCACCAUCGCCGUCGUCAUGCCCACAACCACCUGCACCCCACCCACCUGGAACCUCCCACCAGCUCUCCCUUUAAAUUCUCCUCCAUGGAGGAGGGACUCGAGAACAUUGAGGCGUACCGAAGCUCCACCCGACACCAGGACCGCCGGCACUCGGCCGACGUGGCCCACGCCCUCCGACAGGCCUCCCACAAUACCGUGCUGCAGGUGGAGGGCACCUUUGUCACGCCCCGCAAUCCCGACCCACCCUCCCCCAGCACGGCCAAGCGCACCGUCCCCGGGAAGGAGAAUGGCCAGCCCAGUGACUUUGACGAUUUCGUCAAGCCCGAGGGGCUGCCCCUGAGAACACCCGUCCGGCACCGCAGCAAGAGCGACGCCCGGGAGAGUGGGCGGAAACGCAGGGAGGGCAAGGUGGCCUCAGAUGUCAAGACACCAGUUGUGCCAACGUUAUCUUUGCCAGUUCCCCAUGUGACGCCGUCAAGGUCGACAGAACAUAAUUUACACUUGCUGCACAUAGACCAUCUGAGUCCUGAUAAGAGAGCGGUGUCCAUGGAGGACUCGUUAGACCUGGACCCCGAGGACAGCGGUCGGUUUCAGCACCGCAAGUCCAGCCUGUCCGGCUCGGCCAAGAAGAUCUUCGGCAGCUUUGAGAAGGGUCUGGACAAGGUGAAGGACUUCCUGACACCCAGGAAGUGGUCCAUCCCGGGCCACGACGAACCCCGUAAAGUCAAGGCAUUGUAUAAUGUUUCUACCACGUCAACCCUACCUCCAGAUCGGGUCUUGGAGAUCAUGUACAACGCAGCUUGCAAAAGCGAAAUCACUGUCUGCAAACAGAAAGGGUACACGCUGCGCUGCAAGAAGCAAGACUUCAAGGGCCGGACCAUCCUGUCCUUCGACAUGGAGAUCUGCCGCCUGCCCAACCUGGACCUGGUGGGCAUCCGACGGCAGAGACUCAAGGGCGACACCUGGGACUUCAAGCGGGUCUCGCAGCAGAUCAUGGACUUGGCCAAACUCUGAGCAGGGACAGCUAGGUCUCGGACUUCACAGACUUUUGAAUUUGGUUCCCACACGAGUUCACCCCACUCUGUCUCCUAAGAUUCCUACAAAGUUAGUACAGCGCACACAUCAAGCUGCAUAUUUUCUUUGCCUCUGGAAAACAACACGUGAAGUUAGCACCUGUUCUGUUGACUGUAAACACCUACUUGCUACACUUUGUACAAAGGGCAGUCCAUUGGAGUAGCGCCCUCUUGUGCUCAACUGUGGUAAUGCUCAGCACUGACUCCUGAGAUAUCAGACAAGCAUGGCAGCAGAUAGUCUGGUCAGCUCCAAGCAAGGCCAUUCCUCCAAUCCAUCCCUUACCAUUUGUGUCUUUGCCUUCUGGCUUGAAAUUGGAGAUUCUUGCGUAAUAUGUAUCUCUUUUCUAACUACGGCAGUGUCGCAGUCAAGUCCAUCACAUGUCCCCGCAAGUCCAUCACAAGUCACCCCCCUCAUAGCCAAGUCAGAGGCUAUUCAAGCAAACUCUGACAGAAACAUUCCUAUAUCAUUGGUCGCCUUGUUCACUUACGACUGGUCCUGUGAAAGGACUUGUGAUGGACUCGUCUUUGACAAUGUAUAGAGUACCCAAGUGAAUACACCACAUGCACAGCAGUGGCGUGGCCAAGGGGGGGGGUCUGGGGGCAUGCCCCCCUCCCCACAAAUUCCCAGUGCCCCUCCCAGGUGGCCCCUCCCCUGAAAAAA